AAACAAUGGUUAAAUGUGGUAAUUUUAAAAACGGUUGAAUUGUUGGUUGUAAUAGCAUUGUUUGAAAUUCUUCGUUCAAAAUAUGCAAUUCUUCACAAAAAUUCUUGAGUUCAGCCGGUCGUUUUUUUCUGUAAAUCAAACGCAACGGGACACUACCAAGUUUAUGGAGGUGGCAAUGCAGAGGGUCAACUCUUAUGAAUUGUGCAUGGUCGACUUGAAGGACAUCGUGCAGCGGCACGAGAGUGAAAUCAAGUUGAAUCAAGAGGCCAACCUGCAGCUGCUCAACGCCAUCCAGGAGCAGUUAGAGAUUCGAAUGAACAAAUGCUCGUCUCGGCUGAACACCCUGGAGAACAAAAUGUCAUCGCAAUCGGAGCAGUUAAAAGCUGGCAUGGAUGGAAUGAAAGCGCAGCUUCUGGAAUUACACAAAAAUCUUGACUCACUCGCCAACUCCCUGAGCAAUACUGAAAUUCACUCUGGAGAACAGUAUGAGUUAUUAGAAAAUGCCACCACGAUGAAUGCCAGCAAACUCAAAGAACUGAUGACACUUGUUAUGUCUUGUUCCCACAAGCUGAGGGAGCAUGUCCACUACAGCAAACAUUUUGCUGAAAAUUUGGAUCAAUUCUUGGGCCGACAAGACAUUGAGUUGGGAAGACUGCGCGAUGAGAUGAUGGCUCAGAGGUGCUGGCACGAUAAGGAAAUUUUCCGACUUGCCCAAGAAGUAGCAAGAGUUGGCCAAGCCAAAGACCAAAGGGAUGCGGAAUUUUCAAUCUUGAGGGAGCAAAGAGACAAAUUGCAAGAAGAACAGAAAGUGAAUCUGAAGGUCCUCGAGGGUGCAGUGCAAGAGAACAGACAGGAGAUUGAAAAAGCAGUUGAUGUCAUUAUGAAACUGAAUUUAUUUCAAGUGGAUGGACCUUCGGAAGAAACCAAGAGCUUUAAGGAAGACAUGGUCAAAGUGACUGCCAGGCUGUCAAAGUUGGAGCUGGACGUGAAAGGUUUUCUUUGCAAACUGAAUAAGUACUUGGAGCAGAAGAGCAACGGCAAUGCAAACACUAUGAAAGAGAUGGGACGGAUUUUUACUCGAUUGGAAAGUUUAGAGAAAGACAUGAAUGAUAAUGUAAAGCAAGAAAUUGAAAAACUGAAGAAAGAGAAAAGUGAACUUACUAAGGAAGUGAGGCAUCUGAAGAAAAGCAGGGGAAAUGAAAAUGGGGGCGAUGUGGACCUCAACUUGAAAAAUCGACGAGGAGCCCUGGAGAAAACUGCUGUGAGUGCUGAUUUAAUGAAAAAAGAGCAGGACGUCUUCCAAUCGACCCGUUUAAAACAAAAAGUCACAAAAAACCAGAUGACCCAAGUCAACAAACAGCCUUUUAACUUUGUCGAGUCCAAGAGUCGCCCUCUGUGCAGCCCUAUAGAACAGAUAACCAAAAGCUGGAUGGACGAACUAGAAAACACAGUUGACGAGGACACUGAGAAGCAGACUGUGUUGAAAAAGUUGACAAUCAACAAAUCGCUACAUCUUCCAGGCCUCUCAGAACGUGCACUUGCGCUCUAUGGUGACCAGCUACUCAUCCAGCCUCCUCGAUCAGAAGAUUUUGAGCGGCGAUCUUUUGAGAAUUUCAGCUUGAAAAAUGCAACAAGGCGAAUAAUUUCCAGCAAGCUACCAGUUCCAAAAAGGAUAAACAUUGGAAAUUCUUAAAAUCAAGAGACCAAGAACAUAUCAUUAUAUUAUUCUGAAUUAAUUUCUGAGUAAAAUUACUUAUCUAUUUUGAGCUAUUUUGUAUGUAAUUUUUAAAGUUAUUGUAUCGCCUAUUUUUUCAAGUCAAUGUUAUUCACAGUUAUUCAUGAACAUGAAUCCUAACAUCCCUCUAUAUACUCAUACAUAAGAUAUUAUUUAUAA